AUGGGCUCGAUUACUCUCACUACGCAGCAGGAACCUCGUCCUGACUUUUUUCUACUCAGUAGUGACGAUACUGUAUACGAGCAGGACCUCUUUCGCAAUGCAGGCAGUAUUCGACCAUGGCUGGCCUAUAUCGAUGCAAAAAUGCGUAAUGGUACCCUACUGGAGCAGGCAUUCGUUAUGGAACGAGCUUGCAUACAUCUACCUCGAUCGUACAAGUUAUGGAAGUUGUACCUUGAUUUCCGUGUCAAGCACCUGAAAAAGAAAAACGCUGCUCGAGCAAGAGACGACUUCAACAAGGUUAAUGCACUCUUCGAACGGGCUUUGGUUUUACUCAAUAAGAUGCCAGUCAUCUGGGAGAUGUAUCUGGCUUUUCUGCUACGACAGCCUCUCGUCACCAAGACACGACACACCUUCGAUCGAGCUUUGCGCGCAUUGCCUGUAACUCAACACAAUCGCAUAUGGAAGCUAUACAAGCAGUUCGCAAAUUCUGCCGGUGGACUGACUGCAGUCAGGGUCUGGGCAAGAUAUGUACAAUUACAUUCAGAAGAUACCGAGGACUACAUCGAUUUGCUGAUCGAAACUGAUCAUUACAAGGAAGCUGUUAAGAGAUAUAUUGAAAUCCUCAACAAUCCGAAGUUUCAGUCAAAAAACGUCAAGAGCGAAUUUCAGUUGUGGAACGACAUGAUCGAGUUGAUGGUCAGCAAAGCCCGGCAGAUCGGCGAUAGCUCAGUAUCCGGCGUUGAUGUCGACUGUAUCAUCCGAAGUGGUAUUGAGAGGUUUCCUGACCAGAGAGGAAAGCUUUGGGCUGGUCUGGCUACUUAUUGGAUCACAGUGGGAGAUUUCGACCGUGCAAGAGACGUCUUCGAGGAGGGUAUCACUACUGUUAUGACUGUUCGAGAUUUUACCAUGAUCUUCGAUGCAUACGUAGAGUUUGAGGAGUCGUUAAUAUCGACACUAAUGGAUGCUGCUCAAGCUCGUUCCGCGAAAGGUCAAACAGAUUCCGACAAGGACUUGGACUUGGACAUGCGCUUGAUGAGAUUCGAAUAUCUCAUGGAUCGACGACCUUUCCUCCUGAACGAUGUAUUACUGCGCCAAAACCACAACAACGUUCCUGAAUGGGAGAAGCGUGUCUCGUUAUGGGGCGACAACGAGAAAGAGAUUGUUCAAACCUAUGCCGAUGCCAUCGCAGCAAUAGAACCGAAGAAAGCAAUUGGAAAGUUUCAUGAACUUUGGAUCAGUUACGCCAAGUUUUACGAAGAGCAUGGCGACCUCGACACUGCUCGCAUCAUCCUCGAUAAAGCCGUGAAAGUACCGUACAAGUCGGUAGUUGAGCUAGCCGAAACCUGGAUCGGUUGGGCUGAAAUGGAACUGCGCAACGAAAACUUUGACAGAGCAAUGGCAGUCAUGGCCAAAGCUGUUCAAGCUCCAAAACGAAGCACAGUCGAUUACUUUGAUGAGACACUAUCUCCCCAGCAACGUCUUCACAAAUCGUGGAAAGUCUGGUCCUUCUACGUCGACAUGGUCGAAUCAGUCGGCACACUAGAAGAAGUUCGAGCAGUCUACGACCGCAUCUUCGAGCUCAAAAUCGCCACACCUCAAACAGUCGUCAACUACGCCAACCUCCUCGAAGAAAACGCCUACUUCGAAGAAUCCUUCAAAGUCUACGAACGCGGCCUCGACCUCUUCACCUACCCCGUCGCCUUCGAACUCUGGAACUUCUACCUAACCAAAGCAGUCGCCCGCAAAAUCUCCAUCGAGCGUCUCCGUGACCUCUUCGAACAAGCCGUCGAAAACGUCCCUCCGAAAUUCGCAAAACCAAUCUACCUCAUGUACGGCGAACUCGAAGAAGAGCGCGGCCUCGCCCGCUCCGCCAUGCGUAUCUACGACCGCGCCACCCGUGCCGUCUCAGACGAAGACCGGGCAUCCAUGUUCAAUUUCUACACCACUAAAGCCGCAUCAAACUUCGGUCUGACAUCCACCCGCUCCAUCUACGAGCGCGCCAUCGGCUCUCUCCCCGACAGAGAAGCAAAAGAAAUGUGUCUCAAGUUUGCGGAAAUGGAGCGUCGACUCGGUGAGAUUGAUCGCGCAAGGGCGAUCUACGGCCACGGCAGCCAGUUUGCGAACCCGAAGACUGAACCACAGUUCUGGGAGGUAUGGGAGAAAUUUGAGGUUGCGCACGGUAAUGAGGAUACGUUCAAAGAGAUGCUGAGGGUGAAGAGAAGUGUUGCGGCGAGCUUUAACACUGAUGUUGGGUAUAUUGCCAGCCAGGCUGUUGAGCGCGCUAGAGCUGCGAAGAUGCAGCAGCAGCAACGAAUGGCGAAUGGAGAGGAGUUGGGAGAAGGAGAACAAGAAGCGAGGGCGCCUGUUGGAUUCGUGGCUGCUAGUACUGGACCGGAGGGUGGGAAUCGACCUCCGCCGCCAUCACAAGCUACUGUGGUAGAGACUCAGCCCGUGACGAAUCCGGAUGCAUUGAACGUGGAUUUGGAUGAUGAUGACUGA